AUGUCGCUGCCUCCGGAGAAAGCCGCCGAACUGAAGCAGCUCAUCCACCAGCAGCUGAGCAAGAUGGAUGUCCAUGGAAGGAUAAGAGAAAUCCUUGCUGAGACUAUACGAGAAGAAUUGGCACCCGAUCAACAACAUUUAUCAACAGAAGAUUUGAUCAAAGCCCUUAGACGUCGAGGAAUCAUUGAUGAUGUGAUGAAAGAACUUAAUUUUGUUACUGUUUUGGGUGGAAAAGCUUUCUUGGAACAUCUGCAAGAGCCUGAGCCUUUACCAGGACAAGUUUGUUCAACAUUUACUUUAUGUUUACAUUAUCGAAACCAACGUUUUCGUUCUAAACCUGUUCCAUGUGCCUGUGAACCAGAUUUUCAUGAUGGCUUUUUACUUGAAGUACACAGAGAAAGCUUAGGCACAGAAUCAAAAGUUUCUGUGGGAAUUUUAAAUAUAAAACUUGAAAUGUACCCACCACUCAAUCAAAUGUUAUCUCAAGAAGUAGUGAACACACAGCUUGCUUUGGAACGCCAGAAAACUGCAGAGAAAGAGCGAUUGUUUCUCGUAUAUGCUAAGCAGUGGUGGAGAGAAUAUUUGCAAAUUCGACCCUCACACAACUCACGGCUGGUUAAGAUUUUUGCACAGGAUGAAAAUGGGGUAAAUAGGCCAGUUUGUUCCUAUGUUAAACCACUUCGAGCUGGACGGCUUCUGGAUACUCCAAGGCAAGCAGCAAGAUUUGUUAAUGUCCUUGGUUAUGAACGAGCCCCGGUUAUUGGAGGAGGAGGUAAACAGGAACAAUGGUGCACUCUGCUGGCCUUUCUCUGUAGAAACAAGGGUGACUGUGAAGAUCAUGCUAAUCUUCUGUGCAGCCUUCUUCUUGGGUAUGGAUUAGAAGCCUUUGUCUGUGUUGGCACUAAGGCAAAAGGAGUACCUCAUGCGUGGGUUAUGACUUGUGGAACUGACGGAACAAUCACUUUUUGGGAGAGUUUAACAGGACACAGGUACAUCCACAAGCCUACCAAUCCUGAUGAACCUCCACUUGCUGAACAGCCCAAACCAUUGUACCCAUAUCGAACAAUUGGUUGUGUUUUCAAUCAUCAGAUGUUCCUGGGAAAUUGUCAACCCUCUGAUGCAGUAGAAACCUGCGUAUUUGAUUUGAACGAUGAAUCCAAAUGGAAACCUAUGAGUGAAGAAGCAAUUAAAUCUGUAUGUGCUCCAGGAGCUACAACAUCCCUUCCUCCCUUUCCACCUCUAUGUGCGUCCACAAUUGACGCAUCAGUAACAAGUAACGAAAUAGAAAUGCAACUGAGGCUCCUAGUGUCGGAACAUAGGAAGGAUCUUGGCCUCACUACUGUUUGGGAAGACCAGCUUUCCUACCUUUUAUCACCAGCUCUGGCUUCUUAUGAAUUUGAGCGUACAACAAGUAUAUCUGCAGGCAAUGAAGAAUUUCAAGAUGCCAUAAGGAGAGCUGUACCUGAUGGGCACACAUUUAAAGGGUUCCCAAUACAUUUUGUGUAUAGAAAUGCAAGACGUGCGUUUGCCACAUGUCUUCGGUCUCCUUUCUGUGAAGAAAUAAUCUGUUGCCGUGGAGACCAGGUGCGACUGGCAGUUCGUGUCCGAGUGUUUACUUACCCUGAAUCUGCAUGUGCUGUUUGGAUCAUGUUUGCUUGUAAAUAUCGCUCGGUAUUAUAGGGCUAACAUUUCUAUACACAUUAUACCUGCGUUUUAUUGG